AAUGCAUCCAGGAAGUGUUCCUUGGUAACCAUGUGGUUAACCUUUGAUUUUUAAUGGCUGCCAUGAGGAAAGCACUGGUUGCAGCUCUUGUUGCUGCUGUUGCAGCUUUUAUUGGACUCAGACUCCUAAAAUUAAAGGAGAUCACCCUUGCUUCCAGAGAAGUGACUGUGAAACACCUCAAUUGUCAACAUCUGAAGAAUAUAGAAUAUGGAUCGGAGGAUAUCACAAUACUAAAAGACGGACUUGCCUUCAUAAGCACAGGGUUAAAAUACCCUGGAGUACCUUCAUUCUCUGAUGAACCUGGAAAGUUGUACAUUUUGGAUCUGCUGCAUCCAAAACCAAAUCCAGUGGAGCUACAAAUCAAAGGAGAGCUGGACCUCAGCUCUUUUAACCCUCAUGGCAUCAGUGUGUACACUGAUGAAGCAGAUGACUCUGUGUACCUGUUUGUGGUCAAUCACCCUCAGCACAAAAGCCAAAUAGAGAUCUUUCAUUUUAUUGAGGAGAACACACUUGUGCACCUGAAAACAAUCACCCACCCCCUUCUCCACAGUGUGAAUGACAUUGUCGCCGUCGGAGUAGAGAGCUUCUAUGCCACAAAUGAUCACUCCUUUCCCAAUGAUGUGCUUCACUUUCUGACCAUCGUCCUGGGUUUUCCAUGGUGUGAUGUGGUGUACUACAGUCCAAAGGAAGUGAGGGUGGCAGCCAACAGCUUCAUGUCUGCAAACGGCAUCAACAUUUCUCCUGACAAACGGUACAUUUAUGUUUCUGAUAUCAUAGAUCAUGACAUAGAUGUUUUUGAGAGAAAAGAAGGAGAACAACUGACAUUUAUAAAGUCUGUAGCUGUGGGGUCUCUCUGUGAUAACAUCGAGGUGGACCACAGGACAGGUGACUUAUGGCUGGGUUGUCAUCCAAAUGGCAUGAAGCUGGCCGGCUUUAACUCUGAAGAUCCUCCUGGCUCAGAGGUCAUCCUGAUCAAGAACAUUCACUCGGAGCAGCCUGUGGUGAGCCAGGAGUACGCUGAUAAUGGACACGAGCUCAUGGCCUCCAGUGUAGCAGCCCCCUUCGAGGGAAAGCUGCUGAUUGGCAGUGUUUUCCAAAAAGCCUUGUACUGUAAAUUGAAGUAAUCUGUGCAUUCUUUAGCUAUGAUUAUACAUGAUUAUCUGUUUUCAAACAGAAAUGUUGUCAAGAAUCACAAAAUUAAAGCCUGGAUUUUCCAUUUUCAAAAAAAAAAGAUUAAUCA